CAGGGAAUUCCAACAUUGGAGGUCGGCAGCACGCAGCAGCUUUAUCUGCCGAAACAUGGAGCUGUCGGCUGUAGGGGAACGAGUUUUCGCCGCCGAAUGCCUGGUGAGAAAAAGGAUCCGAAAGGGCAAAGCCGAGUACCUGGUGAAAUGGAAGGGGUGGUCGCCCAAGUACAACACCUGGGAGCCCGAGGAGAAUAUUCUGGACCCCAGACUUCUCGCAGCCUUCGAAAAUAGCUUACGUGAAAGGGAGACGGGUGGCCACAAGAGAGGUCCCAAGCCGAAAAAGCUUCGUUUACAGAUGAGACAUGGGGACGCUUCUGUGGCGCUCCCCGAACCUAACUCGGAAGGGUACGCGGAGCAGGAGGACCAUGGCGGCCAUGUUAGAACUGAGGAGGAAGAAGCGCCAGGCAGCAGUCCUGACCAGGAGUCGUCCCAAUCGAACGGGCUGGCGUCGUCCCGUCCUGCCGCUUCUCCGCCGAGUGAAGACGACCCAGCCCCGAGCCCGGCCGGGAUGUCUUCUGGGGAAGACCAGCCGAGCCCGGGCGGGCAGCAGAUCGCAGGCAGUCCGGGGAGAAGCCCGACUCCCGCCCGGCCUCCCUGGGAAAGGGAAACCCAACACAAAGGUCACUUCGGAGGGGCAACUAAAUCGGCUGGUGACGAGAUCUCGCUGCCAAGUCGGAGUCCCGCCGCACCACUAAAUCACACCAAGGCCUCGGAGCGACCGGCCCCGCUUCUCAAGGUGAAGUCCAAGACGCACAAAGCCAAGAAACGGUCCAAAGACAAGCCCAAGGAUCUCUCCGUCCGUCGGCGUGUGGGCCGACCAAAGGGGAAAAGCAAGAAACACAGCCAUGCCGUCCCCGCCCCCACCCCUCCCACUCUGUCCCCCAUCUCCCCACCCCACAAGCCUUCCUCACCUCCUAACAAACCACAAAAAGACUCGUCCAAACGUAAACAGCCAGUCUUCGAGAUAUGGAAUCCAUUUGAGGACACGGGAAGCCGAAAACAACAGACCGUGGUGGUGGACCCACCCGCCAAGGCACGGAACCCCCCACUCGCUCCGCGGCCGUCGAACUCCCGUCCCGCCGCCUACCCCGCCCAAGCCGCGGGCUGGCAGCCUCCGAACGGCCUGAUGAACCAGGUUCUCAUCACGGACGUCACGACUGGGAUGGUCACGGUCACCGUCAGGGAGUGUUUCACCGACAAAGGCUUCUUCAAGAACAGGGGAACGUGAAGAAGAUGAAAGUUCCUGACCUGAACUGUACAGUGGUCCAUUCUGAACUCAGUAAU